AUGAAGUUAAUUAUACCAGGAAUGUUCUUUCUGAUGUUCGGUAUGGCACUAUUUGUAGUCGCCAAUGCAUCUGAUGAUGUCGAUGGUGCUUUUAAAAUUCUACAGAAAUUUGCUGAUUUUACAGUUGGCAAGGAAGAACAACCAUCGGAAAUUGAUUCAGCUGCCGGACCUAUGAAUGAUUAUACGCUUAUUCCGAAAACUUACCUGGUGCAAUUCGAUCAACGUGCACGUAUCACAAACUUCGAACAAUUGAUUAUUGACUUUCUGGGGAGAUCUCGUGGAAUUCCACGAUCGGCCAUCACCAUGCGACAAACUAUUUCUACAUCACUUUUCUCUGGAGCAUCGUUUUCGGUGAAUUUCGAGCAUUCAAUCAAAGCAAUUGAAUCUAUUCCGGAUGUGAUUUCUGUUUAUCCAGUUUAUUCUGUUCCUGGUCCAAAACCUUUCACCAACUACGUCUCAUCUGAUCAAAAGAAUAACAAUCAAGAAGCUCCAGCUAUUGCACACGAUUUGACAGGUGUCGCACAGAUUCAUGAUCAAAUGAAAAAUUUUGGAAAAGGUGUUCGGAUUGCUGUGAUUGAUAGUGGUAUUGACUAUUUCCAUCCUGCCCUAGGAGGCUGCUUUGGAUCUCAGUGUAAAGUUGCAUUUGGUCACGAUUUUGUCGGAGAUCGAUUUAGUGCAUCGAAUCCGAUCCCAGUGUCUGACGAUGAUCCAAUUGAUGAUUGUUCUGCCUCAUCUCAUGGUACUCAUGUUGCUGGAAUCAUUGCUGCUAAUGCUACAGAAAUAUCCCAAAUUGGUUUUAUGCCAAUUGUACCCUUCCUUGGUGUUGCUCCUCAGGCAACACUUGGCGCAUGUUAG